GCUCAGAUGGAAAACAGAGCGAGCUGCACCAAUAAGGUUAGAGAGUUGACUGUAGUUCCUUUCCAAAUGCCCACAGGAAGAAAAAACUAGCAGCACAAGCAGCACUAACUUCUCAAAUUUUCCAUCCAGUAACAUCAAGUGUUUGGGAAGAUUAUCCAAGUGUUAUCAGCUAACUGAGUUGAAUAUUAUUGAUGAAUUACACAACAAAGAUGCAGAUAUGAGGCCAGAGGAGGAGCCAGAGUAUCAAACACCACCCACCUGCGAUCUGCUCAGCCUUCUGCUGAAGAACAGACGUCCCACCGGAGCUGUCAACGAGGUUUGGCCCAACCUCUACGUUGGAGAUGCGGCCACAGCUCAGCAGAUACCCCUGUUAGUGAAUCUGGGAAUAACACAUGUGGUGAAUGCUGCACAUGGCUCCCAACACAUUGACACUGGGCCACAUUUCUACAAAGACACCAACAUACGGUAUCACGGAGUCGAAGCACCAGACUGCAAAGAUUUUGACUUGAGCGCAUUCUUCACUGAGACGGCUGAUUUUGUUCAUGGUGCUCUGGCUCAGAAAGGUAAAGUCCUCAUACACUGCGCUCGAGGGAUCAGCCGCUCAGCGACUCUGGCACUGGCCUUCCUCAUGAUCAAAGAAAGACUUACCCUGGUAGAGGCUGUGCAGGCUGUUCGCAGGCACAGAAAUGUUCUUCCAAAUGCUGGAUUUCUGAAUCAACUCUGUCACUUGGACUCUUGCUUGGCCCUGCAGAGAAAGACAGACUGCUUCACAACAAGCUGCCAGAAUGACAAAAACAAAAUUUUCAAGCGGGAAGACGAAGGACCUCAAUCUCUUGCUAAUAAAUCAUGUGUGAAAGGAAGCCACAGUGAGAAAAUGGCUUCUCACAAGUCAAAAUCUGGCACCAAGAUUAAUGCUACAAAGGCAGCAGAGGAAUCCAGUCCAGCAGAUGAAUAUGUCACACCUGGGGGCUAUGAGCUGGAGAAAAUCCUCAACCGAGGAAGUGUGGCUUAUACUCAUGUCAACGAGGUCUGGCCUAAUGUCUACAUCGGAGACGAAGAGACUGCAAAGGACAAGUACAAGCUGAAGGGGUUGGGGAUUACACACAUCUUGAAUGCAGCGGAGGGGACGUGGAACAACGUGGACACGGGAGCUGGUUACUACAGUGACAUGGACAUUGUCUACUAUGGUGUGGUGGCAGAAGACGUCGCAACUUUUGACCUCAGCCAGUAUUUCUUCUCCGUUGCCCAGUUUAUAGACAAAACACUCAGCAAUCCUCAGAAUAAACUGCUGGUACACUGCGUGAUGGGAAGGAGUCGGUCCGCCACACUCUUCCUCGCCUACCUCAUGAUCUGUCAGAACAUGACGGUGGUCGACGCUAUCGAACAUGUGAAAAAACGCAGGCGGAUCAUCCCUAACUGGGGCUUCCUGAAACAGCUAAGGGAGCUGGACAUGCACCUUCUUGAGAAAAGAGAGCAGAGCUGAAUUUAGGACUCAUCGGGCAAGUUCAAAUUGGGUUUCAAGAAGUCCAAGUCAAAGCCACGUAUCAAGGCAUCAGGGACAAAUAAAAGUCUUUGGUGCCGUCAUUUGACACAAGUCCUAUCAAAAGUAAUUCAGGACAAGUCCGAUACAUGGGAAGUUCUAAUAAAGUCUCAGAUCUUUCACUGUAUGUCCAGUACACAGUACGAGACUGGACCAAGUCAAAUCCCAGGGAACUCGACACAAGUAGCAAAUCCUAGACAAGUACCAGAUCUUUCACAGCUGGUCAUUCGAUACGAGUCCAAGUCAAGUCCCAAGUAAUUUGUGACAAUAUGCAAGUUGCAAGGCAAUGUGAAAGUCUUUGAAUGCUGUCCAUGAAAAUAACAAAGUUUAAAGUUGUUUUCCCAUAAAAACUGUCGAAUUUUGUUGCAGAGGCCUAAUAAUUAAAUAUUCA